GUGAAAUAAAGCAAAAUGUCUGGUCGUGGAAAAGGUGGCAAAGUGAAGGGAAAGGCAAAGUCCCGCUCCAACCGUGCCGGUCUUCAGUUUCCAGUGGGCCGUAUUCACCGCCUGCUCCGCAAGGGCAACUAUGCCGAGCGUGUUGGUGCCGGCGCUCCAGUUUACCUGGCUGCCGUGAUGGAAUAUCUGGCCGCUGAAGUACUCGAGUUGGCUGGCAAUGCUGCUCGUGACAACAAGAAGACUAGGAUAAUCCCGCGUCAUCUGCAGCUGGCCAUUCGCAACGACGAGGAAUUGAACAAGCUGCUCUCCGGCGUAACCAUUGCCCAGGGUGGAGUUUUGCCCAACAUCCAGGCUGUUCUGUUGCCCAAGAAGACCGAGAAGAAGGCUUAAACGUUCCAAAAACAGAGCCAACUACAUACUUGUACAUAAAAACAAACCCAACCGUCCUUUUCA